GACGUGAGCUGCGUGACUGCCUCCUUGGGAGCUGCCGGCUUGGCGCCUUCCGUCAAGGAAGGCACGUCCAGCACACCUCUCACAUCUCAUACAGCCUUUCACGGUUUGUAUCAGGCCUCACGCUCUCACCUCGCAUCGUAUCCCUACUCCUUAUCGACACCAUUCUUUAGACCCAACAGUCAUGGCACCCAAAACAACGGUGAACGCUCAGAAGCAGGCGACAAUCCUUGCGUGGUUUCACAAGACUGCACUCGCCUACAGUCUCAAGGACCUCGAGAAGCUGAUUCCCUCAGUCGCCUCCAUCAACGGCAUGGGCGUGAAAGACUACGUCCAGGCGCUCCAAGAUGACGAUCUAAUCCACUGGGAGAAAAUCGGCAGUGGCAACUGGUACUGGAGCUUCCCGAGCGAGGCCAGGAAAGAAAAGGAGGGCAAGCUGGCCAAGGCGCAAGAAGAAUACGAGAAGGCCAAUGCCACCGUGUCUGAGCUUCAGGCGAAGGUUGACCAAGCUGGUGCUGCACAAUCAGAGGACGAGAACUUGCUUGCAGAAACGGGUGGUGACCGUAAGGCACUCGUCGCGAAGCACGAAGGGCUUUCUAAGGAAGUCGAGAGGCUCCGCACCGAGCUCGCCGCGUACAGUGAGUUUGACCCGGUCGAACUGGACAAGAAGAUCCACAACGCUCGACGUUCGCGAGCCGCUGCAGACAAGUUCACUGAACACAUCUACUGCAUGGAGUCCUGGCUCAAAGACCGGAUACCUGAUCGAGAAAGUCAGGUCGGCGUCCUGCGAGACCUCUACGGUGACGAAUGGGAUGAAGAGGACGGCGGCCUGCGUGAGCUGUAAGGCCCUGCAUCCGGAUGGACAUGUUGUGCCACAUACAAGGCUAGCUCGUGCUAGAAUAUGGAUCGAGCUAGAGAUCAUUGUGUAUGGAGGGGUGUUUCCAUGUCUCAGGCUAUCUAAGCGC